AUGUACCAUGCACCUAAAGGAAUCCAGUUCAUCUUCCUCCACAGUCUUUAUAUGAACACCACAAGGUCAUCCCAGAAUGACAGUAGCAAAUCAGGCCUUCAGCAGAUUCACCUGCCAGAUUGUCGAGAAAUUCUCCAAGCACCAUCAGAAACUAUUGGACUCCAUGAGAUAAAAGCAAUUCAGGAAGAGAUGGCUUGUUUAAGCAAUCUCUCUGCUCUGGGGGAUGAGGAGGGGAGGAAAAAACUGAUGAGGCAUAGGACAAUGCAAUACUGUCCUGCAGCCAAUGAAGUCUGUUAUGAAACAAUAGGCUGCUUUUCUGAUAAACCCCCUUGGUCAGGAAUACCUGGGAGACAGCUGUUCGGCUUACCAGCAUCUCCAGAAAAGAUGAAUAUUUCUUUCUCACUUUUCACAAAAGAAACUGGAAAUCUCUCACAAAAAAUAAUGUACAAUGAACUAUCAAGUGUCCAAAAUUCUAAAUUCUCCCCAUUGAGGAAAACCCGAUUUGUUAUCCAUGGAUAUACAAGCACUGGAAAAUAUGGCUGGGUUGUGGAGAUGUGUUUGCUUCUGGUGGAUGUGGAAGACAUUAACUGUUUUGCUGUUGACUGGGAAGAUGGAGCUAAAUGCACCUAUUUCAUUGCUGGCAGCAAUAUCCGUGUUCUUGGAGCAGUCAUAGCUAAAUUUAUCAUUACUAUGAUGAAAAUCUAUCAGUAUUGUCCUUCCAACAUCCACCUCAUUGGCCAUAGCCUCGGUGCUCAUACUGCUGGAGAGGCAGGAAGACGACUUCAAUAUGUUGGCAAAAAAUCUCCUGCCAUUGAAAGAAUAAGUGGUUUAGAUCCAGCAGCGGUGGGUUUUGAAGGAUUCCCUGAGAUGGUCCGGCUAGAUCCUUCUGAUGCUGGAUUGGUGGAUGUCAUACAUAGCAACGGUGUCCGAUUUCCUUUAGGACUUGGGAUGUUUAAUGCAACUGGUGAUAUGGACUUUUAUCCCAAUGGUGGAAAGCGUAUGGUUGGAUGUAAUGAUGUAAAAGAGGAACAGGAACAGGAAGAUAUUCGUUCGGUUGGAAAUUGCCAUCACUCACGAAGCCAUGAGUACUACAAAUACAGCAUCGUCCACCCUAGUGGGUUCCUGGCCUAUCCCUGCAAAUCAUACAAAUCUUUUCAAGCGGGAAAUUGCUUUCCAUGUCCCACAGAAGGCUGCCCAGUAAUGGGUCACUAUGCUGAUCAAUUCCAUGAUAAACUGAAGAAAAGAAAUCAAACCUACUAUCUAAACACAGGAUCUAAGGAACCCUUCACCAGUUGGCGAUAUAAUAUAUCUGUCAAAUUAAAUGGAAUGAAAAAUGUAAGAGGAGAAAUAAAUAUAGUUUUCCACAAUAAAAAUGGAGAUAUGAAGGAAUAUCCGAUUAUGAGCGGAAACCUUAACCGUGAACAAAUCUAUUCAAAGCUCACAGACGUAGAAAUUAAUCCAGAAAAUGCUUCAAGGAUUGAGUUUGUUUGGCACAAGCAAUUCUUUACUUUCUUUUGGGCUCAACUAGGAGCAGAAAAAGUAAAUCUUACCCGUGGGCAGGAUGGGCGCAAGACUUCCCUUUGUGGCCAGGGAACAGUAAAAUAUGAAGUUCCUCAAAUGCUUACACCUUGUGGAAUACUAAAGGAGGCAUAAUCAUAAAUUGUAAGAGUAAUGAGGAACAGCUUCUUCAUGUGGCCUCUGAAAGAGCUUGAUGGUUUGAAGUAUGAUUUAUUAGAAAAAUCUUCUGUCGUUUCUUUUCAUCGUCUCAGCUCGGAACACAAUCAUCAUAAUUGUUUUAGGUUUAAUAAAAUAAUAGGUAUCAAUUUGUUUCAAAAGAAAUAAAAUAGGCAUAAAGUCUGUGUGUGUGUGUGUGUGUAGAGAGAGAGAGGAAGAAUGAACUAUGAAAAAAAUAAUGAAUGCUGCUUAGGAUAUGGAGUAUUACUUGACAAGACACUUCUUUGUAAAUUUGCUUUUUAAUUUUAUGCAUCUGAUGAGUUUAUGUUUAUAAAGUAAACAGUGAGAAUUUGCAUCAUUCUCUUAUUUCUCAGAGGUUUUGUUUAGAUUGUUGGGAGCAAUAUGUGUUCUGACCUAGGAUUCCUGAGACAGUAAAAAGCACACGCUUAGUCCCCAAAACCUUCUUUUCAUUUCAAGGGCUGUGAAUUAGUCACAAUUAGUUUGUAAAGAGUCCAACAGAAAUCUGCCAAAGUCUCUGGGAUAAAGCUGAUAAGCACCCACCUUUAUCUCCCUUGAAACCCUGCCAAAGACCUAAUUGGCAAUUAGCAAUGCAAGGCAACACUGAACACAGAAUCAAAACAGAGCUUCAGACUUUAAACUGACCAGAACGAACAAAGUUGCUUCCUGCAAAGGCCCACAUGCCUUUGUUCUUCCUUUAUGUCGUAUGGGAGGGGCCAAUCAUCUCCAAGCCUUACUCCCGAGUCAUCCCUUUUGUCUUAACUGUUCUUGCCUU